UGUAGAUCGUUUUAAGUAACGUCACAUCCUUCCUUUCCAGUUAGCUUGCUGACUAGCAAAGUUUUGUUCUCUAUGUGACAAAAAAAGUCAUGGCAUUUCUUCAGGGUUUGGACUCGCAUAUCGUUAUUGUUGGAUGCGGCAUUUCGGGCAUUGGAGCCGCUCAGAAACUAAUAAGUCAUGGUUUUCAUAACGUGCGUAUAAUUGAAGCAACCGGCCGAAGCGGUGGAAGAAUACGAACAGGCUCGUUGGGGGACAAGAUCGUGGAGAUUGGCGCCAACUGGAUCCACGGUCCAUCCCAGGAGAACCCAGUGUUCCGCCUUGCCUGCCAGUACAACCUGCUGGAUGAGAAGUCCAUGACGGAAGAGAACCAGUCCGUGGACAUUGGCGGCCACCCGCCCUUUGUGCCCAACUUGUUCUCCAGCUCAGGGAAGAGGCUGAGCCCCGAGCUGGCGGGGCCCGCCUCCGCACUCUUUACGGGCCUUCUGCAGGAGUGUCAGGAGUUCCACACAAGCGGGCAGGAGCCUGUGCCCAGCGUGGGGCAGUACGUCAAGCAGGAGGCACCCCACCGCGCAGCGGAGGAGUGGCGGGACGAGCCGGCGGACACCAGGGCGCUCCAGCUGGCCAUGAUGAGCACACUGCUGAAGCUGGAGUGCUCCAUCAGCGGGACCCACACCAUGGAUGACGUGGGCCUGGGGGCAUUUGGCAUGUACAAGACCCUGCCGGGCCUGGACUGCACCUUCCCUGGGGGGUAUGAAGGCUUAAUCCACUGCAUGAUGAAAGAACUGCCAAAGGACAUUGUGUCCUAUAACAAGCCAGUGAAAUGCAUCCACUGGAAUGGCUCCGUCGAAAGAAGCAGUCCCUCAGGCAGGACCUUUCCCGUCCUGGUGGAGUGCGAGAGCGGAGAAACGUUCCCGGCGGACCAUGUCAUCGUCACUGUCCCACUGGGCUACCUGAAGAAGCACCAGGAAACGCUCUUGAGCCCACCGCUUCCCCUCAACAAAGUGCACUCCAUACAGCGGAUGGGCUUCGGAACCAACAACAAGAUCUUUAUGGAGUUCAAUGAACCUUUCUGGGACCCGGACUGUGAGACCAUCUUCUUCGUGUGGGAGGAUGAGACGGACCUGGUGGACGUGGUGCCCGAUGUGCAGACGUCCUGGAUUAAGAAACUGUUUGGGUUCACUGUGCUCAAGCCAACUGAGAGGUAUGGUCACUUGUUAUGUGGCUGGAUCGCUGGCCAUGAAUCUGAAUACAUGGAGUCUCUCUCUGAGGCAGAAGUGCAGCAAUCAAUUACUCAGCUUAUCCGCAGGUUCACAGGAAAUCCCACCAUCACCCCAAAGCGGAUUUUGCGCUCUCAGUGGUAUCAUGACCCCUACACCUACGGCUCGUACACGUAUGUGGCAAAGGGAUGCUCAGGGUACGACAUUGACAUCCUGGCAGAGCCACUACCUCUGAAGGGAUCGAAUACAAAGCCAUUGCAGGUCUUGUUCGCUGGGGAGGCCACAAACCAGUCCUUUUUCUCCACGGUUCACGGGGCCCUGCUGUCCGGCUGGAGGGAAGCAGAAAGGCUCAUUUCACAUUACACUCCCUCCUCUUACUCAGUGUCUCUUAGCUCCAAGCUGUGAGCAAAGGAUGUUGUUUUAAAAAGGCAUCUAGGGUGGUACAAUGACAACAGAGAACCCAGGGAAAAUAGUCAGUUGGACGUAUCCAGGUUUUAAUGAAAAUAAAAGAUAAAAAAAAGUAAGUAGUAAGGGUCAUUUACCUGGUGUGUGUUUACUACAUCCAACUAAAUGUUUCCCCUGAUGUUCAAAAGCUCACUGACUUUGAUUGGAAAAUGCUAAAUGAAAUUCAAGCUUGAAGUACAUACUGAAUGACAAUUGUGAGAAACCACUGAUCACUUGUUGGAGAUCAGCUCUCAGUGCCCAUUCAGAGGUUUCAGAAAGUGUCCUUCCUCUGAAGUAUUCAAA